AUGUCAGGUGCUGUCGGCGGGAUGCAGAGAUUCUCGAGGGAGGACUGGGAGGAUGCCAGCAAGGAGGAAGUGCUGGAUGAGCUGGCCAGGGUCAGGGCCAUGCUAGAGAGGGAGAAGCGGCGCAGCGGUUCGUUCGCCGAGGAGCUGAGGGCGGCGAAGGAGCAGAGUCUGGCCGUGCAAACGAUGGUGGAGCAGGAGGAGGAGUACAUCACCAAUCGGCUGAUGAAGCGCCUGGAGCAGCUCAAGCAGGAGAAGCAGAUUCUGGCGAACGAGGUGGAACAGGAGGAGGAGUUCUUGACGAACACGCUGCAGAAACGCCUCGAGAAGAUCACAAAGGAGAAGGUGGAUUUGGAGAACCAACUGGAAGUGGAGCAGGAGUACAUUGUCAACAAGCUGCAGAAACAGCUUGAGCACCUUAACUGUGAGAAAAACAAGCUGACAAAGGAGAAGAUUGACCUUGAGAACCAGCUGGAAGCUGAGCAGGAGUACAUUGUCAACAAGCUGCAGAAGCAGGUCAGGCAGCUGGGCCGGGAGAAAGCUGGCCUUCUUCGCGAGAAGAAUGACUUGCACAAACAGAUUGAGGACCUGGGGAGGUCUGUGUCUAAGUUAAACAAAGACAAGGUCAAUGUCGAGGCGCAGAUGGAGAUGGAGGAGGAGAACAUUGUGAACCGUCUUCAACGCCAACUGGACUAUGUACAUGUGCAGUACAAGAACCUGGAGAGGCGGAUGGAGGAAAGGGGACUGUCGCUGAAGGACUUUGGUGCAGAGCCCCUCGAUGUGAACUGCCAUCCUCUGGGUCGUCACUCCUUCCGCUCCCGCUCGUUCGAUGCGGGUUCCCUGAAACUGUCGAGGAAGGGUGUCCGUACGUUGAGUGGGGGCGCAUCUGUCAGUGCGCGAUAA